AAAAAAAAAAAAAGGAAAGGAAGAGCCCUAAAAGCCGCCGGAGCUCUCCUCGCCGUCGCCGCUCCGUCGCCGGAGCUCUCCGCCAUCUCCUCCGAAGCAGGUCUGAGGAGUAUCAGGAACCUGUUAUUGGACUUGUUGCAAAGAGUAUCAUUGAGAAACCCAAUACUUCAGUAGAUGGCUAGUCACUCGGGGACUCAGAAGGGUCCAGCGACGCAAUUGGUGCCAAUUGCUGCUUCGAGGAAACCACGAAUUCUGGUUGCUGCUUGUGGAUGUGUGGGGGCUGCAAAACUUGGGCAAAUCUGCCGGUCUUUUACUGAUUGGGCAGAGGUGAAAGCCGUUGCCACAAGGGCUGGUCUGUUCUUCAUCGAUAGAGCAACAAUUCCUAGUGCUGUAAAUCUCUACACCGACAAAGAUGAAUUGUCAAGUUGGAGCAAACUAGGCGAUCCCAUCCUCCACGUUGAACUCCGUCAAUGGGCUGACAUACUGCUUAUUGCUCCGCUAUCAGCAAAUACUUUGGCUAAGAUUGCUGGGGGUUUGUGCGAUAAUUUGCUAACUUGCAUAGUCCGAGCGUGGGAUUACACCAAACCGUUUUUUGUUGCACCUUCCAUGAAUGCCUUUCUGUGGAGAAAUCCUUUCACAGAACGUCAUCUUAUGUCACUCGACGAGCUUGGGAUUGCUCUUAUUCCACCAAUCUCAACGAGCCAUAUGGGAGAUCAUCAAACCGGUGCUAUGGCUCCGCUCUCCACAAUUGAGUCAGCUAUCAAAGUUUACCAUGAGACACGGCUUCUGCUUGCUGGCGGUAAUGCCAAGCAGUAAGUGUGAACAUCCAGAAACAGUUGGAGACUUGACUGAUAUGGCCAUUAUGCUCAUUGUUGCCUCUCUUCUUUUUGGCGACCGGGUUACUCUUUUCGUACAUAAAAUGGUUCGACUGGCGUGUUGAUGCUAAACAGUACCUUCAUAAAUCCCUCUGGGUGCGAAUACUCGA